AUGCAAGAAAUGAUAGCGGAAAGAUCGGGGCUAGCCAAACACAUUGCCGUUACCGGCCAUACAAUUGAUUGGAGUGGAGCGGAAAGACUGGUCUCAUAUGAAGAGAAUAACAGAGAACCGAAGAUCAAGAAGGCUAUGAACAAGCUGCCUCAAAGAAGCCUGAUGAACAUGAGAUUGGAGGAGGGAAUAGUCAGCACAAAUUGUGAGUACCGCGAGGACAGCAAAAAGAAGACGCUUGGGUUGAAGACAGCUAUUCAUUAG